UAAACGUGAAGCCUCUCUAUAUAAGGAUAAGUAAUGUUGAUUAUUUAGCACCUGCAAAUAAUUUCUUCGAGAUUCAAUCCAACAAUAUACUAUACACGAUAUAAUUAUGGAUCGCUUAGAUGCUUUGUAUGACGCUGCCAUUGCCGGAGAUGCUGAUGCCAAGGCGAAAUUGGAGAUGGAAGCUGAUAACCUCAACGAUGAGGAGGAAACGAUCCUCCACGUCGAAUCGCAAAAGGGGAAUGCAGACCGGGUGCGAUUCAUUUUGAGUGAGUUUGCAAACAAAAAUCUUGUGGACAAGCUUACUAUAUAUGAACAUACUGCACUCCACUGGGCAAUAUAUCGCGGACAUACCGAAGUGGCGGAGAUCAUCAUUGCAGCAGCUAGAGAACAGUUGCCGGAAACUUCCUUUCAAGAGUUUCUUAGGCAAGGUGAUAAAGAUAAUGACACCGCGUUACAUGCAGCCGUCACUGAAAAGAAUGUAGCUGUUGUGAAGCUAUUAGUAGAGGCCGACCCUACUGAUCCACACACACAAAAUGACGAUGGUAAAACACCCAUGUUCAUAGCUGUGGAAGAAGGGUUGGAGGAUAUAGUGAAGAUCAUCUCUACAACUUGUACAGAUCCAUCUUUGGACGGACCUGAUGGUAGUAUUCUUAUGCCUGUCAAAAAUAUCGACGAAGUUGACAGCCAUGGUGGAACACUCUAUAAAAUAAUGGAUAGAGAUGCUUUGUAUGAUGCUGCUAUUGCCGGAGAUGCUGAUGUCAUGGCUAUGUUGGAGAUGAAAGCUGAUAUACUCAAUGAAUAUGGCGAAAACAUCCUUCACAUUGAAUCGGAGUCUGGAAAUACAGAACAUGUGCAAUUUAUUUUGUCGAAAUUCGAAGACAAAAAUCUUCUGGGCAAGCUGAAUAGAUUCGAACAAACUGCACUUCAUUUGGCAGUAGGUAACGGACAUACUCAAGUGGCUGCGCUCAUCAUUGAAGCAGCUAGACAACAAUUUCCGGAAACUUCCUCCUUUCAAGGUUUUCUUAGGCAAGGUGAUCAAGAUAUGGACACCGCCUUACAUUGCGCCGUCAUGGUAAAUAAUGUAGAUAUUGUGAAGCUAUUAGUACAAGCCGACCCUACUGAUCCCCAUACUCAAAACGAAAUGGGGAGAACACCCAUGUACAUGGCUGUGGAAGAAGAGUACGACGAAAUAAUCGAGGUAAUCUCUAAAAGUUGCACAGCUCCUUCUCUCGACGGACCUGAUGGUAGUACUGUUGUGCGUGUUAACAAUCUUGACGACCAAGUUGAGAGCCCUGGUGGAUCACGCUAUAGAAUUAUGGAUAGAGAUGCUUUAUUUGUGGCUGCCAUUGCCGGGGAUGGUGAUGCCAUUGCUAAAUUGGAUAUGGAAGCUGAUAAGCUGGACAGAUAUGAACGAACUAUCCUUCAUACUGAAUCCAUGAAUGGAAAUACCGAACAUGUGCGGUUCAUUUUAAGGGAGUUUGCGAACAAAAAUCUUUUGGUGAAGCUGGGUAAUCAACAAGAAAAUGCACUUGCAUGGGCUGCAUAUUAUGGACACACUGAAGUGGUUGGGCUCCUCAUUGAAGCAGCUAGAGACUUGCCUCCUGAUCCAAUAACUUCUGUUCAAGCUUAUCUUAGGCAUGCUGAUCAAGAUUCGGAGACUGCCCUACAUGCAGCAAUUAAGGGAGGUUCUUUGGAUGCUGUGAAGCUAUUAGUAGAGGCCGACCCUACUGAUACGCAUAUUCAAAACAAACUAGGUGAAACCCCAAUGUACAUGGCUGUGGAAAACGGGUACACCGAGAUUGUAGAGGUAAUCUCUAAAACUUGCAAGGCUUGUUUUCUCGACGGACCUGAUGGUAGUACUGCUUUGCAUGCUGCUGUUAAGAAUGACGACGACGAUAGCCUUGAAGUGGUUAAGGUCCUAAUUGAUGCAGCUAGACGUUUACCGCCUUCUGCUGAUCCAGAUAAUGAUAUUACUGAUUCCAAUGCAGUGACUUCUUUUCAAUCCGCUUCAGAUAAUGAUAAUACAGACCAUGAUAAUGAUGAUGAUGGUGAUAGUACUGAUGAUCAUACUGAUCCAAAUCGAGUGACUUCUUUUCAAUCCUCUUCAGAUAAUGAUAAUAAUGAUGAUGGUGAUAGUACUGAUGAUCAUACUGAUCCAAAUCGAGUGACUUCUAUUCAAUCUUCUUCAGAUGAUGAAAGUAUCAAUGAUAAUCCAGUUAGUCCGUUUCAAGCUUUCCUCAGGCGAGUUGAUGAAGAUGGGAACACUGCCUUGCACAUAGCAGUCAUGCUACGUAGCUUGGAUGUAACUAAACUAUUAUUAGAGUCCGAUCCAAGUUUUGAGGGUACUCGAAACCAGAAAGGUGAAACCCCAAUGUACAUGGCUGUGGAAAACGGAUACAAUGAUAUUGUAGAGUUAAUCUCUAAAACUUGCAAGGCUUGUUCUCUGGACGGACCUGAUGGUAGUACUGCUCUCCAUGCUGCUGUUAAGAAUGACAACGAUAGCCUCGAAGUGGUUAGGGUCCUAAUUGAUCAUGCAGCUAGACGUUCGCCUCCUUCUGCUCCAGAUAAUGAUAUUACUGAUUCAGUUAGUUCUCUUCAAGCUUUCCUCAGGCGAGCUGAUGAAGAUGGGAACACUGCUUUGCAUAUAGCAGUCAUGCAACGGAACUUGAAUAUAGCUAAACUAUUAGUAGAGUCCGAUUCAAGUUUUGAGGGUACUCCAAACCAGAAAGGUCGAACACCGUUCUACAUAGCUGUGGAAAAAGAGCAUGCCGAUACAGCUAAGAUGCUCUGUACAACUUGCGCAACUCCACGUUUUCUGGUGGGUCCUGCUGUUAAUUUGACUGCUUUGCAUGCUGUUGUCAAGAAUCUUUACGAAGAUGCCAAAGAUGUGAUUAAAAUGAUCAUUGAUCAAAUCAAAAAGCACAACACAAAUGUUCUUCCUGAUGAAAUAUUUUAUGAAACUGACGAGGAUGGAUAUACUGUGUUAGAAGUGGCGGUGGAGCUAAACCAAAUGCCAGUGGUUACUUUGCUAUUAGAUUUACAACAUCCCGCCGCCUCAAAGAGAAAGGAUGGUGCUUUUAUCAGUCUCAUGCCUGUAAUAUAUAAAGCCCAGGAGAAGGAUUACAAGAAGAUUGUCGACUUACUCAACCAAAGGUACGACGACGGAUCUAAAUUGUCUAAAGACUUCAAAGAUCAAGUGAGUUUGAUAUCGGCUAUUAAAAGUGGCAAAACAGACACCGUCGUCAGCCUAUUGUCGGAUGCAGGCCGUGGUGCCCAGCGUCUUGUGACCUUUGUUGACAAGCUUGGGUGGACAGCCCUUCAUCAUGCAGUAUAUCAUGAAUCUAUUCCAAUAAUUAAACACAUAGCAGAAGCUCAAAAAGGGAUUAAACCUAAAUCUGGGUACAAAGAUAAGGUACCUACACCGUUUCAUGUAGCUGUCCAAAAAGAGCGGACUUCUAUAGUGAUACUUCUUAUGCAAUUAUGGCCAUCUACCUCUUCAACAUAUACUGCUGUUGAUAAAAAAGGACAAAAUAUACUACAUUUGGCCGCAUUGCAGAGCAAAAAAGAUAUGAUAGAAGGUAUUCUUAAAAAUUGCCCAGCAGAGCAUAAGAAAGAGUUUGUGAACAAGCAGAAUAACAAUGGCUAUACAACUCUUCACCUGCUUAUCCAACGUGGUUGCUUUGUUCCGGAACUUUUAAAAUACGAAGGACUUGAUACAAGUGUGAAAAACAAUGAGGACUGGACUCCUUGGGACAUGUUGUAUGUCCAGGAACAAAUUGUUGUGGACCAGGUAAAAAUCAAAGUGGCCCUUGAUCAUAUCCAAAUUGAUGGUAAAAAGGAUAUUUUUUCGAGUUCAGUGUUCACAACAAGUGAACGAGAGAAAAAAGAUGUGAAAUUUAGGGAACAAGCACAAAAAAUGAUAGAUGGAAUGCUUGCACUGAUGAAAGAAAAUACUGUAGCUGUUGCCAAGUGUUAUACCGAUGCCAUUGGCGGAGAUCCUAUAUCUAGAGCAGCAUUGGAGAUGGAAGCUGAUACACCCAACAAAGCGGGAGAAACUAUCCUUCACGUUGAAUCAAUUAAGGGAGCUGUAGAAAACGUUCGGUUCAUUUUGAGUGCGUUUGCAAAGAAAAACCUUUUGGUGAGGCUGGAUAAUCGAAAACAAAGUGCACUUUACCUUGCAGCACAUCAUGGACACGCAAAAGUGGUUGAGGCUCUCCUUGGUGCAGCCAAACGUAAUUUGCCUCCUUCCUCAGCACUAGAUGCAGAUUUUAAAGCAUUAUUCCAGAGAAGUGAUGAGUCCGGACGCACUCCGUUAGAAUUGGCAAUGUCCUACAAUCACGUGAACGCUGUUGAACUGAUAUUACUUGCAGAUCCGGCCUAUCAAGAUGGCCGUGGAAGUAGAAAUCAGGGUCUUUUGCGUUUAAUCUACCAAGCCAAGGAGAAUAAAUACAAUGACAAAAUUGUCGAAUUACUGUCUGCAACUUUCGAAACUGGGAUCGACCCUAAUCUUAAAGGCGUGCUAGGUUUGAUUGUUGCUAUUCAAAGAGGCGAUGCAGGUCCUAUAUCCCAACUCUUGAGAGGAGAAGAUAAUAAACAUUUCCUAAAUUUUGUGGACUCUGAAGGAUGGACCCUUCUUCAUCAUGCUGCAUAUCACCAAUUUGAUUCUAUACUCAGUGAAAUGAUAGAAGCUCAAGAAAAAGUAGGAUAUCAAUUUGUAUGUGGAGAGAGGGUAGCCACACCAUUUCAUGUUGCAGCAAGAUGUGGACAUACUUCUACUCUUAUUCGACUUCUGCGAUUAUGGCCGAGUUCGUCGUCCCGGUACACAACAGUCGAUGAAAAUGGUCAAAAUAUUAUGCAAGCUGCGCCCUCUCCGUACACAGCAGUUGACGAGAAUGGUCAAAACAUAUUACACCUGGCUGCUCUUACGAAUAAAAAGGAGAUGGUGAAUGGUAUUUUCAGAUGUUGUCCAUCAAAGCAGAAGAACCUGCUUUUAUCCAAAAGAGAUGAUAAUGGCAAUACACCUCUUCAUUUACUUGUCGCUCAAGGAUGUUUCAUUGAGGAUCUCAUCAAAUAUAUAGCAGCUGGUGAUACGACCAACAACGAUAAUUGCACUCCCAGAGACAUGUUAUAUAGUCAACAUAACAUUGUUGGUGAUCAGGUACAAAUAAAAAUGGCACUGGAUGAUAUCAACACCGAUCAGUCUAGGAAACUUUGGUCUGGUAGCAGAAAGAGAAGUAUUUCUUCAAGUUUAGCAGUGCUCCCAGCUAGUAGACGAGAGAAAAAAGAUAUCCUAUUUAAUGAUGACCAAAAUAAGUUGAGGGAAAAAAAGAAUGCAAAGAUGCAAGAAGAUCUGCAAAGAUAUAGAGAGGGGACCAACAGCCAGAUCGUAGUUAGUGCACUGAUAACUACAAUAACUUUUACAGUAGGAUUCACCAUACCUGGUGGUCUUCAUCAAAGUGGAGAAAGUAAUCAAGGAUUGGCGGUUCUUUCAAAAAAGGCAGCUUUUAAAAUAUUUAUGAUAGCCGAUGCCUUUGCUUUGCUAUUGUCCAUCUGUGCUUUGUUCAUCUACUUUCUUGAAAAUAUGUCACAAGAUCUCGAGCAUGUGACCAGACUUCAUGCAACAACAAUGGGGCUGAACAUUGCUUCUGUUAUGUUGACGAUGUUUGUUUUUAUGACAGGAACGUAUGUCGUGUUAUCCAAGUCAUUAUCCCUGAGCAUUACCAUUUGCGCCGUCGGUUCCCUCUUCUUUAUUUUUGUCAUUGUUCAACUGCUGAGGAUUGCAUAUGAAUGGCGAGUACGGAAGUAUAACGAUUACAAGAAAGAAGCUUGAGUAUUUGUUUUGCUAUUUUCAGUUAUUUUAUGUACUCAUGAUAUAUGGAACCAUGACUCCAUUAAAGAGGAUUGAAAAUUGUGGAAGCUGUCAAAGCACUUGUUUAUAUAUUAUUGAAAAUUGUGGAA